AUGCGAGUGGAGUUCGAAUACUUCGAUGGGGUGUUUGAAGUGACUGACCCACCCCCACACCCACCCCCCCCAGCAGACCCACCAGCCACCCAACCCACCCAGCAGACAGCACCCGCCCCCCAGCCCACCAGCCCCACCCCCAGACAACCCCAGCCACACCCCCCACCACCCAGCACCCCAGCACGACCAGCCCCAGACCAGCAAACAGACACACCCCCAGCCACCAGACAACAGCCCCAGCACCCAGCACCCAGCCCCAGCAACCACAGCCCACAGCCACAAACCCAGCCAGCACACCACCCCCCCAAGACCACCCCAGAACCAAACCCAGCCAGAUCAACCACACCCCCACCAGACCCACACACCACACAGACCAGACACACCCCCAGACCCAGCACCACAGCCCAACACACACACCACCCCCAGCCCCCCCCACCCACACCCCACAGCAGCCCACACACCCACCACCACAGACCACAGCCCCCACCAGACCCCAGCAGCACCCCACCCCCACCCACCCAGCAGCACCACAACCAGCACCCACACCCCAGACAGCAGACCAGCCAGCCCCACCCAGCCACACCCCAGACCAGCCCCCCCCCCCACAGACAGCCAGCCCACCACCCCAGCACACCAGAACCCCAGACCAUCCAGCACCCAGACCACAGACCAAGACCAGCCCCACACGCCACAGACAGCACCCACCACCAGACACCCCCAGCACACCAACCCACCACGACCAAGCAGACCCCCACACAAGACCCAGCACCCCCAGCACCACCACCCCACCCCCCCAGCACCCCCACCACAGACCACCCCAGCACACCAGCACCACACACCCCACCCAGCACACCACAGCCCCAACCACCACCAGCCCCAGCACCAGACCCACCAGCCCACACCCCCACAACACAGCACCCACACAGACCCCCACCCCAGACCCCCCAGACCAGACCAGCACCCCACACCAGACCACCCACCACAGCCACAGCCCACCCAACAGACCACAGCACCCCACCCCAGCCACAGACCCAGACACACACCACCCCAGCAGACCCCCCACAGCACACCAGCAGACCCAACACCACACAACAGACACCACAGCCAGCACCCCAACCACAGCCACCAACCCCCGCCACAGCCCACCCACCAGCCCCGAUCGCCAGCCCAGAACACCCCACCAGCACCCCAGCACAGCCCAGCACCCAGAGCCCACAGACCCACCCCAGACCCAACCCCAGACACCCACAGACCACCCAACCAACAGCCCCAGACACCACCACAGACCCACACCCACGAGACAGCACCCCACACCCACCCAGAGCCCCCAGCCACCAGACCCCCCCACGAACAGCCCACCACCCACCACAGCACCACAGCCACCACCACAGCACCACCCACACCCACCAGACCACCAGCCCCACACCCCACCACACACCCCAAACCACACCAGCCACCCCACCAGACCACAGACCACCCCAGAACCAGCACACCACAGCCACAGCCACAGACCCCACCAGACACCACAACCACCCAGACCACCCAGCACACACCACACACCAGACCCACCAACAGCACCCGAACACACCACCAGACACCCCACACCACCAGCCAGACCACCACAGCACACCCCAGCCCAGCCAACCCACACAACCCAGACAACCCCCAACCACCACACCACAGCACCCCCAGACACCACCACCCCAACCAACAGCCACACCACCACCACCCGACCCACCAGACCCACAGACCCCCCACACCCGACCCCACACCACAGACACCAGAACACACGCCACCACACAACAGCCACCCAACACAACAGAACACCACACACAGACACCCAUCAACCCACAACCAACACCACAGCCAGCACACCCCCACACAGACCACAGCCCACACAGACAGCAGCAGAACCACCCCGCACACCACAGACACACCCCCACACCCCCCACAGAACACACACACACCCACAGAACCACCACAGACACAGACAGACACCCAGACCCACAGCAACCACCACACACCACAGCAGACACCCAAGCACCACCCCAGACCACCCAGACCACCAGAACCCCAGACACACACCCCACCAGACAACACCCCCCAGCCCACCCACAGCCCACAGACCACCCACACCCAACACCCAGCAACCUCCAGCACACCCAACAGCACCAGAACACACCACAGACCCACCCAAACCACCCACAGACAGACACCAACCAACACACACACCACACAGAAACCAACCCCACCACCACACACAGACCACCAAAACCCCCAGCCACCCGCAGCCCCCAAACCACCACCCCCCAAAAAAACCCCCCGAACACCACCCCACCAGCACAGACCAAACCAACCCCCCCCAACCCCACCCCCCCCAGACACCAAAGACCCAAAACCACACAACCCACCCAGACCACACAGCCGACCACACAGACCCCCCAGCCCAAAACACCAGCCCCCACCCCAGACCCAGACCCCCACCACCCCACAGAAUUGUCAGGACCAUGA